GAUUACCGAGAACCGAUUCUAUUGUGAAAUUUGCAAUUUAGUUUUUAAAAAAGCAGAGGAUCAUAUAAUGGAGACUACACAUCAAGAUUUAAAAAAUUCUAACACUUUCGCCAAACAAAGGACGUCAAAUGUUGACAAAUUAUUAUCGAAUGAAAAACUCGCAGUAUCUACAUGGCAAGGUUUAAAUAAUGAUAUGUGUUUGUUAUGUGAUGAGCCGUUUGGAGUAGUAAUAAGACAUAUUAAGUCCUUUGACCAUUUGGUAAAUCUAUUACAAUCGGAAACUAUAUCAGAGAACGGCAAUUGUUACAGAAAGCAAAGCGCAAAUCGUUUUUAUUGCUUCAAAUGCUUCAAAGUAUAUGACAAAGAUGAUCUUGAUGCACAUUGGACUGAAUGUCAUCAGAACAGUCAGAAAAUAAGCGAAGAAAAAACUAACGAAGAAAAUAUGAAAAAAGCUUUAAUGAAAAGUCAAACAAAAUCGACUGAGACAAAUGUAUUAAAAAGGACAAGAAAUAAAUAUUUUAAUUUCGAAAUGGAAAAUAAGGCUAUAUGCUUAAGGUGUAAAGAAGAAGUAGAUUUAAACUAUGAAGCAAUAGAUGGCCAUAUAAAGAUUCAUGAGAAACUACAAAAUAUUGACCUUGAACGACCUCUCAUAGACAAGGGCAAGAGAAGGGCAGAGUUGGCUGAUUAUGGCAGAAAUAAUUUUAUAACCUUAAAUCAAGGGGGGAGUAAGAGUUAUUGCACCUUAUGCUGCGUGUACAUGUCUCCACAUAUCAAAAAUGCGAAAGACCAUGUAGGAGGUUCUUUGCACAGGGGGCAUUUAGAACUCAGAGGUUUGAUACAGAAACAAAAACAUGAUAUAUUUCCUGUUCAACUCAUUCCUCAUAGAUACUUUGUUAAAGUAUUACAAGGGCCACAAAUAAUUAAUGGCGUAUCUGUAGUUUGCAUAAACAAUGACAUAUGUGUGACUCUUUUGAGUUACAUGCUAAUUUCUGCCAAUUAUAAUUUUAAUGACGACAUAUUGAAGUGUUAUGGUUGCAACAUAUUAAUAAAUAGUUCGGAUUUCAAAAUACAUAUAAAAUCCGAAGAGCAUAAAGCAAAUGUCUGGAAAUGUAAAGUUUUACUUAUUUCUGUAAAAUGUGUUGAUGAAUAUAUACGAGAGGUUCGUCCCAAUCUUUAUCAUUGCGGAUAUUGUAAUUGUAUCUUUCCGUUUUGGGAAAAUUUAAUGAAACAUUUGAAAAGCCUUUUGCAUAUAGAAAUGCGGAUAAGUAAACCAAAGUUUACUGGUGGUAUAAUGAUGCGUCAAAAAUAUUAAGACAUGUGACGGAGUUACGGAGGAGACGGAGUAAGUACCUCCUGUGAGAAGUUGAAAGUCAUCAUUUUACAGAAAAGUAACAGCUAGAUUUCAAAAUAAUCUUGUUCUUGAGCUUAGUUUAACGCAUGUCUUCUUUUGUGAGGUAGGUAGGUAGGUAUUAAUUUUUAAAAUUGUAGGGCAUAUUCGGCUCAAACCGGACAAUUUUUCGAUGAGCUGGAUGUCUAUUAUAAUUUUUUUUUUGUGAUAUUUCGUAAGGUUAUGACAAAAACAUAAAUUGAUUGUUAUUAAUAAACA